AUGGCUGACGCUGAAUACAACGCCGAGGAGGCUGCCGAGAUCAAGAGAAAGAGAGCCUUCCGCAAAUUUUCCUACCGUGGAAUCGACCUCGACCAACUCCUUGACCUCUCCUCCGAACAGCUCCGCGAUGUUGUCCACGCCCGUGCCCGCCGCAGAUUCAACCGUGGUCUUAAGCGCAAGCCCAUGGGUUUGAUCAAGAAGCUCCGCAAGUCCAAGCAGGAGGCCAAGCCCAACGAGAAGCCAGAUCUCGUCAAGACACACUUGCGUGACAUGAUUGUCGUACCAGAGAUGAUCGGCAGCGUUAUCGGAAUCUACUCCGGAAAGGAAUUCAACCAGGUCGAGAUCAAGCCCGAGAUGGUUGGCCACUACUUGGCUGAGUUCUCCAUCUCAUACAAACCCGUCAAGCACGGUCGACCCGGUAUUGGUGCUACUCACUCUUCGCGUUUCAUUCCUCUCAAGUAA